UUUGGGGUUUUUUUUUAUCUGAACGUCAUUAAACCACACCGGAACGUUUCGGUUCUGUGGGAAACAAGUACGGAAGGUAAACUCGACAGGAGCGCAGCCCCGGACAGAGUUAACGGUAACACCGCCUGGAUACAUGUGAGUGACGUUGUUGUCGUGGAUGCGGAGCGAUGCGGCGGCUGUACAUCGGCGGGUUGAGCCACUCGGUCACCCAGAAGGAUCUGAAGGAUCGAUUCGGAAAGUUUGGAGACGUGCAGGAUGUGGAGCUCCGGACCCGGAGGGAUGAGGAGGGUGUUCCUUACAAGACCUUCGGCUACAUUAACAUCGACAUUUCAGAUGCUGACCUGAAGAAGUGUCUGACGGUGCUGAACAAAUCCAGAUGGAAAGGGGGAACUCUGCAGAUUGAAGCAGCCAAGGAGAGUUUCUUGCACAGACUGGCUCAGGAGCGGCAGGAAGCGGUGGAGCAGCGCCUCCAGCCGCCUGCCGCUGAGGACAAGAGACAGAAGCUGCUGGACUCCCUGAGCAAAGCCGGCGUGGACAACUUCACCAUGAAGGCCGCGGUGCCGGGGACCGAAGUACCAGGACACAAGGACUGGGUGGUGAGUAAAUUCGGACGAGUUCUCCCCGUCCUGCAGCUCAGGUGUCAGAAAGGCAACAGAGCUCGAACCCUGAAGUACGACCCGUCCAAAUACAGCCACAACAUCCGCAGGCUGGACCGAGCCGCCGCAGACCAGCCCACGCCUGUCACCCAGCUCACCUGGGAGGUACUGGGAGGGGAUGAUGACAUCAGCAAAAGGAGGCGGGGCGAGUUCCCUUCAUACGAGCCACCAAGACCCAAGAAGAGUCGGACAGACAUGGUCAAGUCCCAUAACGGUGUAGGCAGAAGCAGAUCUGAGCAGACUGUUCACCCUGUCCGUCACACUGAGGCUCAUCGGCUCACCAACAGAUUGGAACUGCCAGCCAGCCACAGGCUGGGUCAGAGGAAGUGGGCACCUCUGACUGACAGUGAUGCUGAUUCGGACGAAGAAAUCCGCAGGCUGGUGGCGGCUCAGAGCACCUCCCACGGUGCACUGUGGCAGGAAGUGGAGGAGGAUAACCUGGAAGUGGUAGGACUCGACUACUUGGUCAAGUCGGGACGUUCCCGUCAGCAGCAGAAAGGUAGGCCAGAUGACGAAGACGAGGAUGACUAUGAUUCAGCUGACACAGAUGAACUCUUUGCCUCCAGGAAACCUCCUCCUCCUCCAUCGCAGGAGAAACGGACUCUGCCCAACGCAGAUCACCCCUCAGGCAACAACACAGACAGGGAGAGAAAGAUGAAAAGGAAAAGUAAAGCUGGAUUAGAAGAGGAGGAGGACGACGACGAUUCAGCAGAUGCUGAAGAACGCCUCAGUUCCAGGAAGCCUUCCUGCGCAGAGCAGAGAAGGGAUUCUGGAAAACAGAGUUCUCAGAAACAAAGCAGCUCUGAGAACCAGAGUAAGAAGAUGGCAGUCCUCCCUGUUGUAAAACCCCCUUUCUCAGAAUCAGAUAGUGAUGAGGAUGAUGGAGAUGAAGAUGACGGGGAGUUAGAAUCAGCUGAUUCCUGUUCAGAUUCUGAUUAUGAAGCCAUGUUUGCUAAUGUCCCCUGUCUGGAGAUCUCCCUGGCUGAUCUACAGAGGCUAGCUGAAGAAUCCCAGGAGACGUCUGAAACUACAGCUCCCAGAAUCCUCAGCGCCGGCACCAGACAAGAAACUAACCUAAUAUCUGGCCCUGCGGAAGGACCCGCUCCCAAGAAAGGCACCAUGCCAGAAGAGAUCCUGGCCGCCAUCAUGGAGGAGGACAGCAGUGACGACGAAAAGAAGAAGACAAAGAAGAAGAGAAAAGGCCUCGUGUCAACACCGCUGCCUGCCUUCCACGGGACGAAAACAAUGGACGAGGGAUCAGAAACAAAUGAGGAGGCGGAGGAGUAUGUAAGAGGGAGUGCUGUCAAAAAACAGAAGCUGGACUCUGAAGCUCCUCAAGUGGACCAAGAAACAGCCGACAGCAAAACCAGCAGGACUCUGAGUAAACAGAAACACACAGAAACAGAGAAGACGAUGUCAGAAAGCAGUGAGCAGGAAGAUGAAGAGGAGGAAGAUGAAGAGGAGGAGGAAGAUGAAGAGGAGGAUGAGGAAGAUGAAGAGGAGGAUGAGGAAGAUGAAGAGGAGGAGGAAGAUGAAGAUGAAGAGGAGAAGGAGAUUGAGAAAAAGAGGGAGAUGGUGAAGAACAUGGCUGCUACAAAGGUUUUUGACAUGGUUUCAAAUAAAGCUCCUGUAAACACUGAGAAAGCUGAGACUAGUUCCUCCUCCAUCAGUGGUUGUGGUGGUGGUGGUGGUGAUGAUGAGGUGGAGAAAGUUGAGAAGAUGAUGAAGGCCAGUCAGACUGUUCUUACAGCUAAGGCUGCAGCAAAGGCUUUACCUUCAUCCUCCAGCUCCUCCACUGAGGAAGAUGAGGACGAGCAAGAGGUUAUCUCUGCUGAAGCUAUUGGGAAAACCGCCCCUGCUCCUCACAGUGAGUCCUCCUCCAGCGAGGAGGAGGAGGAGGAGGAAGAAGAGCAGGCUCCUUCCCGGGUGACUUUAGGACCUGAGGAGGAAGAGGAGCGGCAGAGGAAGGCCAACAUGAGGAGGCUAGCGGCCAUCCAACAGAGACUGAAAGAGGCUGAAGAACACAAGAGGCUCAUCCAGGGAGCUCUAACCAACCUGGAUGCCCCGACGCCACGAUCAGGGAAACACAUCGUCUUUGGCUCUGAUGAUGAUGAGGAGGAGGAGGACGGUGGUGAUGAAGAUAAGCAGCAGACAACCUCACCGGUCACGACAUCAAAGAAGACCCUGUUCCAGGACAGCCAAUCAGAGGACGAGGCCACGGGUGAUGAGGCACCAGCCAAUGAGAACGACACAGUAAAAGAGAAGGUGUGUCUGAAAGUGUCGGGCCCUCAGCUGUUUGGCGGCAGUGAGAAUGAGGUGGAUGGCGAUGAAGAGGAGGAUGACGGCAGGUUUGACAUCAGGCCUCAGUUUGAAGGUCGGGCAGGUCAGAAGCUGAUGGAGCUGCAGUCUCGCUUCGGGACAGACGAGCGUUUCCGGAUGGACUCUCGCUUCCUGGAGGAGGACAACAGCAAAGACGAAGAGUCAGAGAGGAAGAGGAGCGUGACGGAGGAAGAUAAGGCUCUGGAGGAGGAGAGGAAAAAGAGCCUGUCCAUCCUGCAGAGCGUCCUCGGCAGCAGCCAACAAACCUGCAGCAGCCAGACUGCCGGCAAAGCCAAGACCUUCAGAGACAUCUCAGCCCUGCACUAUGACCCCAGCAGAGAGGAACAUGCUGCGUUUGAGACCAAAACAGAUGAAGCCAAGGAGAGCAAGUCUGCCAGGAGGAAGAAGAGGGAGGAGGCUCAGAAGCUUCCGGAGGUUUCUAAAGAGAUUUAUUACGACGUGUCUGGCAACCUGAAGGCCGUGUUUGGUUUGACCAAGGACGAUGUCGAUAAAGGAGAAGAGAGGACGAGUUGGGACCAAGAGGAGGAAGAGGAGGGAGGAGGGAAAGAUGAAGAGCCGACCUCGCUGUCAUCUCUCGUCUCGGCUGCUCCCAGUGCGGAGAAAGAGGAGCUGUCUGGAUUUAAAUUCUCCUUCUUUGGAGAUGACACAGAAACAGAAAGUAGAGAGACAGAGUACAAGGUGGAGAGCAUCCAGCAUUCAAAGGUUUCAUGGCAACAAGACCCACGUUUCCAUGACAGUAGCUCAGAGGAGGAAGAGGAAGAGCAGGAGGAAGAUGAUGAGCAAAGCAGCACCACCGCUAAAACCCCAGAAGAGGAGACUCCUUCAAAGGCCGACCUCUUCUUCUUCUUCCUCCACCCUGAAGACAGCAGAUUGACGGAGGGUCCCAGGUCGUUCUGUCGUUCCUCUCAGCUGGAGGAGCAGAGGGAGCAGUGGGAGGAAAGGAGGAGCGCACUCAGACAGGAGUACCGCAAGAAACACAAGGACGCCCGCAGGAAGCUCAAGUCCUCCCUGAAGAGCUGAGGACUACGGGACAUGGAGUCUGUGCUUCAGUUUGCACACCCUGAUCUGGGCUUUACAAUUAGGGGCUGUAAGAUUCUUUUCUCCGUCUUGGUGCUGUUUUGUGCCGCGGACUGAUUUUAACAGUCAGCACAAGGGAGACCAGACGGCGGCUGAAGACACACACUUAAAGCGAAAGUUUGAAAUCAUCAGAAUACCAGAUUUAUUUUUUUAUUUUAGUAAAUCCUGAAAGAUAUUUUGUGGUUGGAGACUGCCUAUCGAAACAGCCGCACAAGUUUUUGUCGUUAGUUGCCAAGGAAACAGUGCCGCAAAUGAACUGAAGGACAGUCAGCAGCAGCAGGCAGUCACAGCCACGGAGGACCAAAGCUGUUAGGAAGUACAUGAAUAAACAAAAAGGUGAAAUGAAUAGGGAAAUAAGUCCAUUAAUAAUAAAAUUAAAUAAUAAAAACAGAAAUAAAUGUAACAGGUGUAACAACUUAUUUCUGCAUUGUUUUAUCUUGUAUCGUGCCUCAGGAAUCAGGAUGGAAAAGUUUUCUUGAUCAGUACUCAUUUAUUUCUCUCUUUAUUUGGCCAUUUUAUUCAUUCUUUCUUUAAUAAGUCAGUUUUGGUCCUCCAUACGUCACAUCAUACUUCUGGGCUGGAGAUGAAGCGAUGUCAUCAGACUGUAGUGAUCUGAUGACGACUCCUCUCAUUGUGGACUUUGUUUUUUGCCUCAUGACAGAUGGUUUGAUGAGAAGCUUCAGUGUCACUUUGUGCUGUAAAAUAAAGUGACGUGAGAUUUUGUUUAUGUGAAUAUGAAGAAGCUUCCAGUCUGAGGGGAAUACACUCAGUGUCCAGAUCAUUAGGUCCACCUAGUAGAAACUGAUACAGUCUAAAUACAAUAAAUUCUACCUUCGUGAA